UCGAUUGGCUCAGUCAUUCCAUUGCAAGCUGCGACCACGUACGUAUCGAUCGAAAUUUUUCGCGCGUACUUCUCUCACUCGGUGGUGAUCGACGAUUAUUUCAACCGUUUCUUCCUUUGUUUCUUCCCUCUUCUUUUCUUUUCUUUUCUCUCUUUCUUUUUUUUUUCUUUCCCUCUCCCCUCCCUCUCCACCUCGUUCAAUUAAAAUGGAUAUCAGGAUGUUGGCAUUGGUCUUGCUAGUCAACGUGGUUGGAUCGCUCGCGGACUUACGUUCCCCCCUCUUCAGGCCACGAAGAAAUGGAUUGCGGGAAGAUAUACCCAUCACGGAUCACGCUGGGAUAUCGAGGACGAGAAAACGAGAAUCCAGCUCCUCGAACAUUGAAACUACCUCCUCCCCUGUUUCCACCUUGCACCUAUACACGCUGAUCCCGCCCGAUCCGACUACGAGUCCAGAUCCCAAGACCAGCCACGCCGAUCCGAGCGCAGCUCCUGGUAGAUCCAACACCCCGAAGAACGUGGCUCGAAGAUCGACGAGCGAGCCAGAUUCGACUACCGAACCGGAAUCCCCUUCCCCGUCCACCAAAUCGAAAAGUCCAACUACCACCGAGUCCCCUGACUCGAAGGAGGAUCCUUCCAACGACUCGAAGCCGAAAAGGCCCGCGCCGAAACCGGCUGGCAGAUCGACCACACCGAGACCGAAGCCGAAACCGACGAGUCCCGACCCGGAAGACGCCGAGGAACCGGAGCCAGAAACGAGACGACCGAUGUCAGGAGGACCGAAGGCGAAGCCCGCUGAUUCCGAGGAGACGGAUCCAGAACCGGAGCCCAAACCGAGAGGAGGAAAGCCGAGACCGAAGGCAAAAGCCACGGAUCCCGAGGAAGAGCCUUCCGCGAGACAGCUGUCCAAUGGCGAAAGGCCGAAACCGAAACCGAGACCCAUUGAUUCCGAGGAGACGGAUCAAGAACCGGAGCCGAGGACGAGAGGAGGAAAACCGAGACCGAAGGCGAAAGGCACGGAUCCCGAGGAAGAGCCUUCAGCGAGACAGCUGUCCAGUGACGAAAGGCCGAAACCGAAGAAUGAGGAAAAAGACGCGGAGGAGGAUCAGGAGGAGGGCAAGAGGCAACCGUCCAACGAUUCGAGAAAACCGAAGAGACCGAAGGGAAAACCGACGAGUUCCGACCAAGAGUCCGAAGAGUCGACGAGCAAGCGACCAUCGGGGGGGAAAUCGGCGAGCAAGCCGGUUAUCGGCUCCCGCUUCGAUCCCGACGACGAGGAGGAAUCGAAUGAAAAACAGAGGCCGGAAUCAAAGUCGAAUCGAAACCCAACAAGCGUGGACAAUCCUCAGAAUCCCAAUUUCCAAUUUCCCUCUUUCUUCAUGCCAUCCUUCGUUCCUGGCUUCUCCUCGCCUUACAUCAAUCCGUACGGUCCCAACAGCAAUGCAUGGGCUGGAUCCAACGUCGGAUCGAGAGGUUAUGGAACUGGAGGAGCGGCGUCUUUCGCUUCGGCCGGCGCGUCGGCUGGAGCCUCUGAUAUACCCUCGAAUUAUAACGCUUAUCCCCAAGGGGGAUAUCCAGGAGGAUACGGCGACACCUCGAACAUGGUCAACGCACCUACACCAAGAUUGUAUAACAGUGGGGGAUAUGGUAGCUAUGGAGGAGACGUGUACGAUCCCAGUUCUUUCGCUUUCCCCGAUUAUAACUUCGCCGAUUUCCAGAAGCAAAUGGAGGAAAAUUUCAGACAGUUGCAAGCUCAAUUCCAGAAGCAACAACAAUCGCUCUUUGAUACAACAAAUCGCAUAGCCGGUGAUCCGGGCUCUGUACCCGGUUUACACAGUGCUGUGUCCAGCAUUAAUUUGGGACCGGAAGGUGGUUAUCAAGCUGGCGCGAUCAAUCCAGUUAGACCAGGCGUGGAAUCAAGAUUUGGCGAGGAAGUGCCUCCGCCAUCUGGAAACACCUAUGGGGUGUUCUCCAGCUCGAGCUCGCACACCAUGGUUGGUCCGGAUGGGAAGACUAUCUCUCAUAAAUCUUCGACCACGGGUGUAAAUGACAAUGGAAAAAUUACUUUCCGAACAGUCGAGGAUUAAAUUCAUCAAAUUGAUAAUUGGCACAAAUGUUUCCGUUUCCAAUUUUAACGCCUCUUUCCAAGUCUCUCUGUAACGUCGGGAUAAUUAUAAACAAAAUUCUUAAAUAUCUUUUAUUGUUUAUUAAAUAUACGUAAAGUGAUACGCUGAUAUGAA